AAGAAUCUGCUGCGCACCCUCUGUAGGUCUUUGCAGACGUCAACCGUGGUAACUGCUGUUUGUCCCCUACCCGGAUUCUAAGUGUUAAGAGUCAUGGCCGAGCUAAAGGAACGCACAUUCAUUGCCAUUAAGCCUGAUGGCGUGCAGAGGGCCAUCAUUGGUGAGGUCAUCAAAAGGUUUGAGAUGAAGGGCUUCAAGUUGGUGGGCAUGAAGAUGCUCCAUGCCUCUGAGGACCUCCUGAUGAAGCAUUAUGUUGACCUAAAGGACAGACCAUUCUUUCCUACUCUCAUCAACUAUAUGAGGUCUGGUCCAGUGGUUGCCAUGGUGUGGGAAGGCAAGGGUGUGGUGAAGACAGGCAGGGUGAUGCUGGGAGAGACUAACCCUGCUGAUUCUAAGCCUGGAACCAUCAGAGGAGACUUCUGUAUUGAUGUCAGCAAGAACAUCAUCCAUGGCAGUGACUCGGUGGAGAGUGCCAACAAGGAAAUUUCCUUGUGGUUUAAAGAUGAUGAGCUUGUCAACUACACUAGUUGUGCCUUCAGCUGGCUCUACUGAGCUGCUCUGGGUCUGGAGCUCCCACCUCACCACUGCUUGGGCACAAAGUGAAACUUGCCUCAGAUUUCCUGUGGUAAGAUGUAGCCUGGAGGGAGAAGAACUUGUGUAAAUCCUUUGUCUUUCACAAUUCACCCCUCUUGUCCUUUACAUUACCACUGUGCUCUGAUUUGGUCUCUGUGGGGCCACGUGUAGUCCGAAUUCAUUCCUGAGCAAAAUUCUAUCUAGUCCUUCAAUGUACAUCGUUUAAUGAUUCCAAACCUGUCUUUGACUGUCUGUUUUGUUAACGGUAAUUUGCUUUACAAUAAAAUAAAAUAGCUGGCAUCCUG